AUACAGAAUUUUCCCACAAUGGAGGAUCUCUUUCUGUUCCUGAAGCAGAUGUACGAUGAGGUACUGCUAGGACUCCCGUUGGCAAAAGAUAGUCACAGUUAUGCAGUUCUUCUCGAUCCACUUGUUCCGUCCCGACGUUUGUCGGCAGAGACCAGUGAGUCUCGUAUGGAAAAGCAUCCGUCUUCUUUUGAUGGUCCGUGCACUGGGGAUGCUUCUACUCUGGAUUCUCUGCCCCUCGAGAGAAAAUCUGAACCUGGCGCAACUGAAAACGUGAACUAUCGGCGGGAAACAACGCUGCUUCAGUUAACCUUGAUCGAGAUGGUGCUCACCAAUGUGCGGCACCCAGGGAUGGAAGCGAGAACAAAACAGAAAUAUCUCGACGUUGUUAGGAUUCUUCUGAAAGAAGCAAGCAUUGACUUGAAAUUAGUUUUCUUGUUACGCACUUCUGAUCAACUGGUGUCUCACAUGGCUUGUAAAAGUUUGGUCUUGCUGGUACAUUUUCAGUUAAGAGAAGAGGGUUCGUUGAACAGCUCCUGGCUCGCGUUUUGCUCAGAGACUUUGUCGGCAUUCCCCAGCAGCUGCUGGACAGCCGAAUGCCUGUGGACUCUUACAAACACUGUCCGGGAAAUCUUGAAGGAUGAAAGUUUGGCCGCAGGAGGGGGACUCGCGAAGCUUUUUUCUCCGCUGGAUGGUAUCCUGGAAGGCUUUUACCGCCUCAUCUUGUCUCAGGCGCCUGAUCUUCCCGAGGGUGCUCCGGCCUCUGCAAAAUGCACGAAUGCCCUGAGCAGUUUUCUCGAUCUUCUUGAACUGCUCGUGGCCUCGAGGAGCCGAACGGCGGCCAGCUUUGCCUGCCAAAGGAUGCUCUUUUCGAACACGGCUUAUGUGUUGGGCCUCACCGCCUCCCCUGUGCCCGGUUUCAUCAAAAAGAAAUCUGUUGUGCUGCUGAAAAGAUGCAUUCUCUGCAAAGCUGGCGAAGACCUAGUAACGGGGAAGGCGUCCCCUUCGUCCCACCGAGACCCUCAUUUGGACGAGGAUAGAUGCGUCUUCUCCAGCGCCGUUCUGCAGUUUGUGAAUUCCGGAUGGCUGAACCGAUUGUCGGUUGGCGAAAAGAUUGCCCACUUUGGAGGCAGCCGAGUUAGGCCCAAUUUGGAUAUCUGUCGUGGUCCUGACGAAGUGUUCCUCAGAGCCUUAAGCCUGGUUCUGCUUAAAGCUUUAGAGAUCAGGGUCCGGAAGUCUACUUCUGAACGUGAAGCCCAAGUGCUUUUGGAGAGUGUCAUGUGCCCCUUGCUAUCCUUCUUAAAGGACCACCUGAGAUCUUCUCCUUGUGUCCGCCCAUUUGUCCACCCCUGCACGUGGCUCUCCAAGCUCUUCAUAGAACAAGACGACGACAUGUUUGAGGCCGCCAAAGCCUUAUUAAGCAUCCAUUUGCAGCUGAAGAGGUUCGGGCUUGAAGAUGCAUUUCCUCCUUGCCUCUCAGCGGACCAAACUCAGGAUGCAUCGGCGCACAGGAACGGCUCCAAUCCCCACUGCGUCUUCUUCUUUCUCUUGCAAAGCAUCGCGUUUGACUCCACCGUUCUUCUCGACUUCUUGAUAUCAUCGGAAACCUGCUUUCUGGAGUACCUGGUAAGGUACUUAAAACUUCUGAUAGAAGACUGGCGCCAUUUUGCCAAUGCCUCCGAAGGCCUCAAGCCCAUGACCAGUGGAGAUCCGAGCUUUUCCUUGAAGGACCCGUCCUGUCAAGAGAAGGACGGCUGCCAGUCACGGCAGUUUGACGACCGAGCUGUAAAACCCGACAAGUCCAGCUGUUUGAGAGGGUCCGAUAACACGUCUUCACCGGGGGGCGUUCAAAGGCUGGUUGUUUAUGAAAGUUCAGAAGACUCUGAAAUAGAAGAGGAGUGUUUGGCAGACAGGACGCAGACACCGUCGAACAUUCAAGCCUGCUCAGAUGUGUCCGCCUCUACGGGGGUCCUGGCAGAAACCUCAGAACCUGUCGCGUCCCCUCCAGAUCAUGGAGAUUUGACCGCUUUGCCCCCCUCUCAGCGCCAGGUAUCCCCAGGUGACCCCAUAUUGGCCGAAGGAACUCUCCGGAAAAUGGUGGUGUGUUUGCGAGCACUGCGAGAAUCCAUUUCUAGGCUGCACAGAAGGAAUCUCUUCCCGUACAACCCAGCCGCUCUUCUGAAGCUGCUGACUCGCGUUGACGCAAUCGGUGGAGCGUGCAGUUCUUCUCCUAGCCCUCAAAGUCUAGAGACGCACCAGGCCUGA